CCAUUGCUUAACCCUGGAAUAAGUUACUAUAACUUGCAGUUAUUAAAGAGGAAAUUAACUCUUUCAGGAAGCAAAGUCCUCUGAAGUUGUGGGUAAAAGCUUGGCCGUAAAUAAAAAAUAAAACUGGGACGUGAGAGAGUCGAAGUGUUUAAAGUUUACAUACCACAACUGUUUGGCUACAGGUGCAGGCAGGAAGCUGUGCUUUGAACCUCCUUUGCAUGCAGAGCUGAGCUGCCUCCGCACUUCCGGCUGGUUUGCUUUAGUCACCUGUGGUGGUAGCUAGUCCUCUGUGAAACCAAGCAUGCACGAUCGGAUGGUGUGCCUGUAGCCUCCAGCCCCGUUCCCCACGUAGGGAUCUUGCAGCUGGAGAUGGGCUGUUUGGACCAGGAUGGGAUAGUGGAAAUGGCUAAGCAGCCCAGGCUUCCUUGCCUGUUUGCCUUUCUCGCGCAGUUGGCUCUGGGGAAACGCCGUGCCGAAGCCUGCAGCCUGUCCUUGAUUUCUGCUAGCAAUGUCAGCAACCCGAAUGAAGGUUCUGUCCAAGAAUAUACAAUCACGUAUCUUGUGAAAGAAGGUUCCGAGAAGGCCGACCCAUCUCACUUUGAGCUCCUUAAAGUUCUUGGACAAGGCUCUUUUGGCAAGGUCUUUCUUGUCAGAAAAAUCACCCCACCAGAUAAUGGCCAUCUCUAUGCCAUGAAGGUCCUAAAGAAGGCAACUCUGAAAGUGCGUGAUCGUGUAAGGACCAAAAUGGAAAGAGAUAUUCUCGUUGAAGUAAACCACCCAUUCAUUGUGAAACUCCAUUAUGCUUUCCAAACAGAGGGGAAAGUGUAUCUCAUCCUCGACUUCCUCCGAGGAGGGGAUCUCUUCAUGCGCCUUUCCAAAGAGGUAAUGUUCACUGAAGAAGAUGUGAAGUUCUAUCUUGCAGAACUGGCACUGGGACUUGGUCACUUGCAUCGUCUGGGAAUCGUGUACAGAGACCUUAAACCAGAGAAUAUUCUCCUAGAUGAUGAAGGACAUAUCAAACUUACAGACUUUGGUUUAAGCAAAGAAGCCAUUGAUCAUGAGAAGAAGGCGUAUUCUUUCUGUGGAACCGUGGAGUACAUGGCGCCAGAAGUAGUGAAUCGCCAGGGUCACACCCAGAGUGCAGACUGGUGGUCAUACGGCGUAUUAAUGUUUGAGAUGCUGACAGGGUCCUUGCCGUUCCAAGGAAAGGACAGGAAGGAAACAAUGACACUCAUUCUUAAAGCAAAGCUGGGCAUGCCCCAAUUUCUGAGCUGUGAAGCCCAAAGCCUUCUGCGAGCCCUUUUCAAGAGGAACCCAGUCAACCGGUUAGGAUCUGGUCCAGAUGGUGUUGAAGAAAUAAAGCGCCACUCUUUCUACUCCACCAUUGACUGGAAUAAGCUUUUCCGUCGAGAAAUCAAGCCACCGUUCAAACCUGCUGUGGGCCGCCCAGACGAUACCUUUUAUUUUGACAAAGAAUUUACCUCCCGCACACCCAAAGACUCCCCUGGAAUUCCACCUAGUGCUGGAGCCCAUCAGCUCUUCCGAGGAUUCAGUUUUGUGGCCACUGGAUUGAUAGAGGAUGAGAAAGCUAAAUCCCCGCCUAUCCCUUUGCAUUCGGUAGUUCAGCAGCUGCAUGGGAAGAAUCUCCAGUUUAAUGAUGGUUAUUUGGUAAAAGAAGCCAUUGGUGUGGGAUCUUAUUCUGUGUGCAAGCGCUGUAUUCACAAGGCAACCAGCACAGAAUACGCAGUCAAGGUUAUAGACAAGAGCAAGCGAGACCCCUCAGAGGAAAUUGAGAUACUCCUACGGUACGGACAGCACCCAAAUAUCAUCACGCUGAAGGAUGUGUAUGAUGAUGGCAAACAUGUUUACCUGGUGACUGAGCUAAUGAGAGGUGGGGAGCUGCUGGACAGGAUUCUCAAGCAGAAGUGCUUUUCGGAAAGAGAAGCGAGCUCCGUCCUACACACGAUCUGCAAGACCGUGGAAUAUCUUCACUCCCAAGGGGUGGUCCAUAGAGACUUGAAACCUAGCAACAUCCUCUACGUAGAUGAGUCCAGCAACCCUGAGUCUAUUCGUAUUUGUGACUUUGGGUUUGCCAAGCAACUGAGGGCAGACAAUGGGCUCCUCAUGACCCCUUGCUAUACUGCCAACUUUGUUGCUCCAGAGGUUUUGAAACGUCAAGGCUAUGAUGAGGCCUGUGACAUCUGGAGCCUAGGAAUCCUUCUCUACACAAUGCUAGCUGGGUAUACUCCAUUUGCAAAUGGGCCCAGUGAUACUCCCGAAGAGAUCCUUACUCGGAUAGGUGGAGGGAAGUUUUCCCUCAGAGGAGGAAAUUGGAACACUGUUUCUGAUGCGGCCAAAGAUUUAGUAUCCAAGAUGCUCCAUGUUGAUCCACAUCAGCGUUUGACUGCCAAACAGGUACUCCAACACCCAUGGAUAACCCAGAAGGACAAGUUGCCUCAGAGCCAAUUAAGUCACCAGGAUGUACAGCUUGUAAAGGGUGCCAUGGCUGCCACAUACUCUGCAUUGAACAACUCAAAGCCAAGUCCCCAACUGAAGCCUAUUGAGGCCUCUUUCUUGGCACAGAGGCGGGUUAAGAAGCUCCCAUCUACAACUCUGUGAUAUGGGAAUGCAGGGUAAUUCCCCAUCUCACUCCAAGUUGUGACUCUGCACAAACUCCCCUGGAAUUCCAGGGGAACAGGAAAAUGUCACUCCACCAAGAAGUCCAUCAGGGCCAAGUGCCUUCAGAAAGAUUAGCUCUUGUUCUCCUCAUGGAUGUCUUUUUUGUUGUUGUUGUUUUCUUAAAUGAACAGAGAGGCUAUUUAAAAAGGAAUCUGUGUAGAUGUAGGUAAGAAGAUGAACAUGCAAUAAUCUUCCUGCAAAACACCUCUACCUGCAAAUGGCCAUGCCUUAGACACGUUGAUAUCUCUGCAACUCAAACCUGAUACAGCUGAAACAGUGCUUUCUUCUGCUUCUCUCACCGUGAUCACUCCAGUGGAGAUGUUUUGUUUUUGUUUUUUAAAGGAUUCCCUCUGUACAGACACACACUUUUUACAUGAUUUGUGAGUUCUCGUGUGCACAAGCUGAACUUCCUGCUCCUUAUUAUCCAAGCCAUGUGGCUGCUCCUCAAGACAGUUCUGCAUAACUCUGUUCCACCUCUUCCCUCUUUCCCUUUUCAACAUCAUGUGAUUGGAGACAACUCAGUCUGACGGGUUGGAAUUACUGUGCUUUUUCUAAAUCCUCAAAUCCAGUUGAAAUCUAUCUAGCUUUUCAAUGUGCAAUGGGCCUACAAGAAAAUGCUUUCCUGUGGUGAAGAUGUCCAGGUUUUCUAUAUGGAGAAAGGGGAGAGGGUUUCUGUUUGUUUGUUUGUUUGUAAUUCUGCCAAACAGCACAGUCCAGCACCUCCAUGAUGCUAAGUGCAACCAAAAAAAGUCUUUGUUGCUCUUUUCCUUUUUUUUUUUUUUAAUUUAACUGAUUGUGUAGCUGGUAACUCAGGGUUUCUGUCUGAAUUUUCAAAUAAAUCAUAUCAUGCAGCUUGAAGUUACUUUACUGACUAACCUUGCAUCUCCCUGUCCAUCCUAGCUGUGCUGUUGGGUUCCCUAAGUUCCACCUAAUAGUAAGUUUACAUGACUCACUCUUACUGGUCAUAUUCUUAUGAUCUCCUUUUUUUGUCCCGGUAUAUCGUGCCAUUUGUAAACCUCACUACUUAGUGACUUUUCAGUAGAAAAUGAAGUAUGUCCCAAUAGAUUUUUUCCAACGUGGCCCAAACUAUAAAGGAUAGAGUGCCACAUGUUGUUUAAUUGUGUGGCUGUCUAAUUUGCUUAUAAACGGGACAGGGUCUGUUCUAUCAAAAGAAAUAUAUAGGGGAGAGAAAGGAACCUUCUUUUGCCACAACUUUCCAUCCAAUGCUUUUUCCAGUGUGGCCGGAACAGUGAUACCUGCAGUUAAGGCUGAAGUUCUUUCACUUCUGUUGAUCUUUAAUGUAAAAUCAAACCCGUCUGUUGCUUUAUACAGUGACAGAAGAGCAAAGAUGUGACAAGGAGAACUGCCCAAUUACAUUUACAAAUGACGUGCAUUUUUUUUACUUAAGAGGUACAGGUAGUCCCUAGUUUAAGAACGAGUUCCGUUCCCAAGGUCUGUCCUUAAGU